AUGGCGUUUCUCACUGUCAAAAGCUUGCUAGCGGCUGUCGUUAUCCUGAUCAGCCUCUCCUCGGCCACCGCAGAAGACAGUCCAGCACCUGGUUUCCAAGCACGUCAGAACCAGCCACUAUGGCCAGUCUUGUCAUAUUUGUCAAGGAACAGCAGCAUAGAUGUCUCGGGAUUGUUGUUCUCUCGGAAUGAGCAGUACUGCCCGUCGGGCACCAGCCUCUGUCCUACCUCCGGCCGCUGUUGUGAAGAACCCGCCGACGCGUGUUGUGACGACGGGGCCUGCAUUGUCAAGGCUACCGACACCUGCUGCAAUGGCGGUGGCGUCUGCGACAACGGGCAGGAAUGCUGUCCUAACGGUUGCGCUCCCCGGGGAGCCACCUGCUGCAAGGGCAACCACUACUGCGAUCCGGGAUACCUGUGCUGCCCCAAUACGAGCGGAUGCGCACCCCCGGGGGCACAGUGCUGCAACGACGGCGGUGGCUCAUCCAACCCUCCUCCUACUGCUCCUGCGUCUCCUUCAUUCGAAACUACUGCCGCUCCUGCUUCACCGGGGGCCGCUACAUCAUCUCCCUCCUUUUAUCAAAGCGUCUACUACACCGAAAUCACAUAUACGUACUACGUGUACUGGUACAUCAGGGUGUACAUCUCCAUCGACGCCACGUCGACCAGCCAGACGGUAUCUCUGACCUCGUCCCCGACGACGGCCAGCUCGAGCGUCUCCGUCUCCGCGACGGACUCGUUCGACGCAGACUCCAGCUUCUCCUCCAUGAAAUCCAGCCUCCAGGCGUCCGCCAGCAGCAGCGUCGCGAACGCAGAAUCGACGCCGACUAGCGGUUCAGUCACCAUCGCGGCAACAUCGUCCGCGGUUCUUCACGCCGGAGGUGCAGCUGGAAGCAGCCCAACAGCAAUCGCAGUCGGGUCCGCUCCAAAAACAAGAGGCACAAUAGACAUAGGCAUCUGGCUCCCAUUCCUCCUCCCUCUCCUCCUCUUCCUCCUCUAUAUAUGUACAUCUAUGUAUGAUAUAUCUACUUCCGAGCGUGGCAUGAUAGGCUCUCUCCUAGUCGGGCUGGACAAGAUUCUCUACCUCAUCGACCGAUGCAGGGUCUACGAACUUCUCUAUCCAUAUGACCCGACCAUAGAGGAGGCAUACAGACAUUUUGAAUCCGCCCUUACCGAUCUCUAUGUCCUCAUUCUCGAAUUCUUAGCCAUUGCAAUCCGAACCUAUGAACAGAAUAUCCUCACCAGGGCCUUCAAAGCCCUCUGGUCUCUUGACUCUAUCUAUGAAUAUGACAUUCGUUUCCAAAGGCAUAUAGAACGCGUUGACAUCGAAGCUCAAAAUUAUGACCGUCUCUACAGCAAAACAAAUGAGCAUGCAAUCUCUAUCGAGCAAUAUAAGGCUCUAAAAGACAUACUCAAAGACCUUAACCGGCUGCAUAAUUUGGAGGACAGAAUCCAGAACAUAGAUGACAAAGUCCAUGACAUCUGGCAGUUCAUGGAUGACACAAAGAGGCAUAAUAUCCUCAUGUGGAUAUCAAAGAUUCCAAUGGGAUUUUCAAAGGAAUUGAGUCUUGAUGAGUAUGCUCUGCAUGAGUGCGAGGAACGCUCUCGAAUGAGCCUAUUUUACUGUUUUAAUCACCUCAUUGAGCAGUCCAGGAACUUAAAGAUAUUAAUUUCUAGCCGACGGGACAGCAAUAUCAUGCGCCAACUUAAAAGGGAGGCAAACAUUAGCAUUGAUGAUGCAACUAACAAUCAGGAUGAUAUAGCGAGAUUUGUUGCAGAGAAGAUCAGUCAAAAUGAAAAGGAUCGGAGGUAUCCCAUCUCUGAGAGUUUGAAAUCCGAAAUCAUGGAGGUACUCCUAAAGAAAAGCCAGGGGAUGUUUCAAUGGGCCGCUCUGCAAAUUGCCGAAAUACUCUCCUUAGAACUAGAGAGUGAUAUCCGCGACCGCUUAGGGCGGUUACCCGAUGACCUAAGAGCUGCCUAUGAUGAAAUAUACGACAAAAUUAGAAGAUCCAAAGGAAUUAAGGGCAAAAUCGCAAUUCGUGCUUUUCAAUGGGUCACAUACUGCAGAGAGCCUCUUGAAGCAGAUAUUCUUGUUGCUGCUGUAUGCCAGGAUCCUGAAGACGAGACAACAACUAUCAAGCCAUACAUGGAUAUCCAUUUUGUCCUCGAUGCCUGUUAUAAUCUUUUGGUCCUGGAUCCGGAGACGGGGAUUUGUCGUUUCGCACAUAUAUCAGUCCGCGAAUAUUUAGAAGAGCAUCAUUGGGUCCCUGAAAAGGUUCAUGCUGAUCUUGCGAAGGUCUGCUUGUCGGUAUUUAAUAAUCCUGACAAUUGGGAAGGGAUACACAGCAAAGAGAAGCCAGGGUCAGAUUCAGACCGUGAUUCAAGCCCAAGUGCAAGCUUUCGGUUUUGCGGUCCAAUCCCAGAAUUCGUGCCAUAUGCAGCAAAAUACUGGCCUUCGCACAUACGCUGUCAAGGUGACACUUCCACGGACGACCAGCUCUCCAUUAUUUUAGAUAAAUUCCUUGGCUCCAUGGACAAGAGUGGUCCAGGCUAUAUGCGCUGGUAUGAAUUCUGCAGAGGCAAGACCAUGGUUCAGCCUUCUGGUUUUGAUCAACUGAGACCUUCUUCCAACGUCUUGCUGGCGAUAUGCCGAUUUGGUCUCAACCACAUUCUUUUCAGGUGGUUGCAAUCUGGAAGCAUAACCCCUGACCAAGUCAACGAAGACGGCGAGACGUUAUUGGCACUUGCCUGCCAGAGUGAGAAUGUUCGACUUAUACAUAGAUUACUUACUCUUGGAGCAGAUGUUAACCAGAAAGUGAUUGGUGGGAAGUUUGGUAGUGCCCUAGCAGCAGCAUCUUACCACGGGAAUCAAGAUAUUGUCAUGUUGCUCCUGGAUGCAGGGGCAGAUGUAAAUCAACAGCUGUCUUGUGGGUAUUAUGGCAGUGCCCUAGCAGCAGCAGCAGCAGCAGCAUCCGCAGCAGCAGACAAAUUACGGCCAGAAGAUAAAUCCAUUAAGCAUGUUAUGCAGCUCCUUCUGGAUGCUGGCGCAGAUGUCAAUUUACGCUGCUACUUAAGUGCUGGAGCCGAUUUCAGUGCCAAAUUCUCAGGUGGUCGUUUCAAGACUGCUUUAGAAGCUGCGGAGGAAAAAGGAGAUAAAGACAUAAUACAGCUAUUGAUGGAGCAUGGUGCUAUUCAGGAUAAGGCAUCUGAUGUUGGGUCUAUUGAGACUUAG